AUGGCUACCCCUAGUGUCCUAGCUUUUGACGCUGAGGGUCGCGCCAUUGACUUUGAGGUCUGGGUCGACGACCUGCAGCUGUUCUUACAGUGCGACAGAGCAGACGGCGUUUCUCUCUUUGACCUCACUUCUGGUGCCUCUCCUGCCUCUGCUGCUGAUGCUGAUCCCACUGUGUGCUCUCAGUGGGCCACCCGCGAUGCUUCUGCACGUCUUGCUGUGCGUCGCCACCUCCCUACCUCUGAGCGCGCGCACUUUAGUCAGUACAAGAGUGCUCAGACCUUGUACGACGCUGUAGUCGCGCGCUACUCCUCCCCUGCCACUGCUGCACUGAGCCUCGCGCGCCUCCCUGACUCUCUUCGCGUAGUCAGGGACCACUUUCUCGCGGUCUGUCCCACCACCCUCACCGUCGACACCCUCGAGAAGGCCCUCCUCGCGGCGGAGAAGAGCAUCGUCGCUGUAGGAGCUUCUCGUGGUGACCCUCGCACCCCCAUCUUUGAGGGGUGCUCUCCUUCCCCCUCCUGCCCUCUGUUGCCUCUGCUGCUGCUGCCGGCCUGCUUGGUCUCGAGUCGAUUGGCGCGGCGUCUGCCCCUAGUGGGAGACGCCGCUCUGGCAAGGGCAAGGGGGGCAAGGGCGCGGGUGGAGCUGGAGGGGGCGGUGGAGGUGUCGGUGGAGGCGGCGGAGGGAGUGGGGGUGGCGGCGGGAGUGGUGGAGGGGGUGGUGGUGGUAGUGGUGGCAGCGGCGGAGGAGGCGGCGUUGGUGGCGGCAGCGGUGGUGGUGGCGGCAGUGGUGGCGGUGACGGUGGGGGAGGCAGCGGCGGAGGAGGCGGUGGUGGCGGAGGAGGUGGAGCUGGUCGGGGCGGUACCUAGCAGCGGAGCGGCGGUGGUGGUGGUCAGCGCUCGCAGCAGCAGCAGCAGCAGCGUUCGCGCGACAUCCCUCCGCCCCAGCAGCUCCUGUGGGGGUGCCCACCCCACCCAGCGCUGCUUUGACCGCCUGACGGACGCUUGGCGUCAGCAGUUCCCCGGAGCUAGUGAGAUCCCUCGCUGGGAUGAGCUUCUUAGGGCUGGUGUAGCGAUCUUUGAUCUUGAUUUUGAUGCUAUCCUUGCUGCUAUGUAUGCUGUAACUAUUAGUAAGGAGGGUGACUGUUACCGGUGUUUCCCGCCCGACCCGGGCAUUGGUACUGCUGCGCUAGGUGCUUGUGAGGCUGCUGCUCUAGGUGCCAGUGCGUCUGAGCUCUCAGGUGCUGGUGAAACUGCGCUCUCAGGUACUGCGUCGCCUUCGUCCUCCCUCACUUUCACACUUGACUACGGGGCUUCUCGCUCCUUCUUUCGAGACCGCACCACCCUCACGCCGCUUGGCCGGCCGGUUGCGGUCUCCCUGGCUGACCCCUCUGGGGGUCCUGUCCUCUCUCACUUCUCCACUGUCCUCCCGUGUCUGGCUGCCCCCUCGGGCACCCUGUCUGGUCUGUACCUUCCCUCGUUCUCGAUGAACUUGGUGAGUGGUGCGGACCUACAGGAUGCGGGGGUUCACCAGUUCACUCCUGCGAGUCAGCGGGUGACCCACUGCACGGACGCACGCACAGGCCGGCACCUGGCCACGUUCUCGCGUCGGCCGGGGUCGAGCCUCUACACCCUGACCACUACGUCUCCUCCUGUCCCUGCGUCUGGUCAGGUAGCUGCGUCAGGUCAGGUGUUUGCUGCUGCGUCCCGUCUCUCCCUCCCCUUCCUUCCGGGCCAGGACCUUCCUGUGUCCCCUGUGUUGAGGGGCGCCUCCGGGCUGCUCCUCACUCCUCCCAGUUCCCCCCGAACGGAGGCUCCUCUGCAGACGCUUCACAUGGACGUGUGGGGCCCGGCCCCCGUCCGUGGGCAGGGUCACGAGCGCUACUUCCUGUUGGUUGUUGACGACUACUCGCGUUACACCACAGUCCUCCCCUUGCGCAGCAAGGGUGCUGUCACUGAGGUGCUGAUCGACUGGAUCCGCGAGGCUCGUCUCCAGCUCAGGAGGAGCUUCGGCUCGGACUUUCCUGUUCUGCGUCUGCACUCGGACAGAGGCGGGGAGUUCUCCUCUCGCCUUCUGCGAGACUACUGUCGUGCACGGGGGAUCCGCCAGACCUUCACGCUUCCGGACUCUCCACAGCAAAAUGGGAUUGCAGAGCGCCGCAUUGGCAUGGUCAUGGAUGUCGCUCGUACGUCCAUGAUGCAUGCGGCUGCCCCCCAUUUUCUGUGGCCGUUUGCGGUGAGGUACGCGGCGCAUCAGCUCAACCUUCACCCCAGGGUCUCUCGGCCCGCGAUGUCCCCAGUGUUACUGUGGACGGGGAAGGUCGGCGAUGCGUCUGCGUUCCGUGUCUGGGGAUCUCGGGCGUUUGUCCGCGACUUGUCUGCGGACAAGCUGUCCCCUCGUGCUGCUCCCUGUGUCUUCCUUGGCUUCCCCCCUGACGCUCCAGGGUGGCAGUUCUACCACCCCUCCUCUCGUCGUGUUCUGUCCUCCCAGGACGUCACGUUCGACGAGUCAGUCCCCUUCUACCGCCUCUUCCCCUACCGCACUCCUUCCCUUCCCCCACCACCGGACUUCCUUGUGCCGACGCAGUUGACCCGGUCGAGGUUACUGGUGACUCUGGUGCUGCUGCGGGUGCUGAGCCUGGGGGUGCUGACUCUGGGGGUGCUGUGCGCCGGGGUGCCGAGCCUGGGGGUGCUACUGCGGAGGGUGCUGGGCCUGGGGGUGCUGACUCUGGGGGUGCUGUGCGCGGGGGUGCCGAGCCUGGGGGUGCUCCUGCGGAGGGUGCUGAGCCUGGGAGUGCUGAGCCAGGGGGGUGCUGUGCCUGGAGCUGCUGAGCUAGGGGGUGCUGCGUCUGGAGCUACUGGGCCUGGGGGUGCUGCGUCUGGGGCUGCUGAGCCUGGGGUUUCUCCUGGUGCUGCGUCUCGGCGGGAGCCCCUUUCUCCACAGGAGCUGCGCGAGUGGUUUGCUCGCCGCUGGAGGCGUGCUGCUGGAGCUGGAGCUUCUUCGACCGUCGAGGGUGCUGGUGCCGCCGGUCCCGGAGCUGCUGGGCCUGCGGGUCCUACUGGAGCUGGGGCUGCUGAGGGUGUUGGUGCUGAGACUACUGCUGUCUGUCCUCGCGGUGGUUCUCCUGCUGGUGCUGCUGGAGGUCCAGCCGCUGGAGGUGUUGGUGGCGCUGGUGCUGCCGCUGAGGGUGCUGGUGCUGUCCCUGCUGAGUCUGGAGCUGCCGCGCGGCCUCGACCGUACUUCGUUCCGCUCCUGCAGCAGGUUCUUGGUCUUUCUCCUCCGGUAGAGUGUCCACAGCCUGUCCAGUCGCAGUCACUGUUGGAGCCUUCCUCCCCUCUUCCUGCUCCCUCCCCUUACACUAGUCCUACUGGAGGUCUUGCUGAGCGUCGUGAGCCUGCGUCUCGUCCCGCGUCACCUGUUCGUGCUGCUCGCGCUAGUGGUCGCGGUUCGCGUCAGCGUCCUCCUCCUGUCCCUGGCACGCACCGGAUGUCUCUGCGUCCGUCCACUGCUCCUCUGCGUGCCCCUUUGCCUUCUCCUCCUGAGUCCUCUCUUCCUGCGCUUGCCGACCCUGAGUCGGACUCCCUUCGUGCUGCCAGUCCUACUGUCACGCGUCUGCUUGCCACUGUCGUCACUGACCCCUCGUUUGAGUCCACUGCUGCGUCUGCUCUUGUCGCUGAGCUCGUCGACUUUGCUGCUCGCUGUCGUCUAGACUACGCUGCUAGUCUUGUUGCUGAGUCUGCGUCUGUCUGUCCUCCGUCCGUCGGGGGUGAGUGUGCUCUUGGCACGGACGUCCUAGAGGACAGGCAGGAGGAGUUACAGUGUCUGGCUGCUGCUUCACCUCAUCUCGCGUCUGUACUGCUUGCUCCUGAGGGAGACCCGGAUGCACUAGACAUCCCGACUCCGCGCUCUUACGCGGAGGCCGUAGAGGGUCCCUACUCGUCUCAGUGGCAGGCAGCUAUGGAUGCAGAGAUGGCUUCCUGGAAGUCCACAGGCACCUACGUUGACGCGGUUCCUCUUCCUGGGGCGAACAUCGUCAGUGGCAUGUGGAUCUUCAGGGUGAAGCGGCCGCCGGGCUCUCCACCUGUCUUCAAGGCGCGGUACGUCGCUCGUGGCUUCAGUCAGCGGCAGGGAGUUGACUACUUUCAGACCUUCUCUCCCACCCCGAAGAUGACCACUCUUCGGGUGCUGCUGCACAUAGCCGCUCAGCGCGACUACGAGCUUCACUCUCUCGACUUCAGCACUGCGUUCUUGCAGGGUAGCCUGCACGAGGAGAUCUGGCUGCGCCGUCCACCUGGCUUCACUGGGACUUUCCCUCCUGGCACCCAGUGGAGCCUCCGACGGCCAGUCUACGGUCUCCGCCAGGCACCGCGUGAGUGGCACGACACACUGAGGACUACGCUUGCGGCUCUUGGGUUUGCUCCUUCUACUGCUGACCCGUCGCUGUUUCUGCGCACCGACACUUCACUGCCGCCGUUCUACAUCCUCGUGUACGUCGACGACUUGGUCUUUGCCACAGCGGACACUGCUGGACUCGCCUACGUGAAGUCCGAGCUGCUGAAGAGACACACUUGCACAGACCUGGGUGAACUGCGCAGCUACCUUGGCUUGCAGAUCACUCGGGACAGAGCACGCCGCACCAUUACCUUGACUCAGUCACACAUGGUGCAGCAGGUCCUUCAGCGCUUCGGCUUCACGUACUCCUCGCCUCAGGCCACUCCUCUGUCUACCCGCCACUCACUCUCAGCUCUGCCUUCGGAUGAGUCCGUAGAGUCGAGUGGCCCGUACCCAGAGCUUGUUGGCUGCCUCAUGUACCUGAUGACCUGCACACGACCUGACCUUGCAUACCCUCUGAGCAUUCUUGCACGCUAUGUUGCUCCUGGGAGACACCGACCAGAGCACAUGGCUGCAGCGAAGAGGGUAUUGCGCUACCUGUGCAUGGGGCUAGUGCUUGGAGGGCAGAGUCCAGUGGUCCUUACAGGUCACGCGGACGCUUCUUGGGCUGACGACCAGGCUACGCAGCGGUCGUCACAGGGUUACACCUUCAGCCUUGGCUCCGGCUCUGUCUCGUGGCGGGCUACUCGUUCGUCUUCGGUUCUCAGCUCCAGCUGUGAGGCUGAGAUCUACGCAGGGGCCAUGGCUGCACAGGAGCUUCGCUGGCUCACCUACCUGCUGACUGACCUUGGAGAGCCUCCUCGUUCUCCUCCAGUGCUGUACGUAGACAACAAGGCCAUGCUGGCCUUGUGUCGAGAGCAGCGUCUGGAGCACAGAACGAAGCACAUUGCUCUUCGCUACUUCCUUGCUCGUGAGCUACAGCAGCGUGGACAGUUGCGGCUUGCGUACGUGGCCUCUGAGGCCAACACUGCUGAUGUGUUCACCAAGGCACUCGCGCCUUGUGACCAUCAGCGCUUCUGCACCCAGCUGGGUCUUGUGCGUGUCUUGCCUCACUUGCUCUCCUCUUGA